AAUAAGGGCGAAGGUGACACCUAAACAUCGCUACGCCUCGCGGUGUUGUGAAGUGUCUGUACAGACUUUAGAGAAUAAUAAAAUAUUUACAAUAAUUAUAGCAAUACGUGAUUUCAAAAUGUCUAUUUUAAAUCAAGUUAUUGGGACUAUAGUCAUAUCCACCUUAAGCUUUAACCUAGGCCUGGUGUUCACAUGGCCAUCUGGCACGAUCAACAUGUUCAUGUCAAACGAUACCAAGUUGGAUCGACCUAUAACGGAAUCUGAAAUGAAUUUGCUGGGCAGCCUCUCAUCAUUGGCACCAUUAAUUAGUACUCCAGUUUUAGCAUACUUAAUGGAUGCUGUUGGAAGAAAACAUACUGCUGUGGCAAGUUUUAUAGUGCCUGUAAUUACCUGGGUCCUAAUUGCUACAAUGAACAAAGUGGAAGUUAUCUUAACAGCGAUGUUCAUAGGCGGCCUGGGUGGUGGAGCUCUCGUUGUUGUGCCGGUUUACAUCGGAGAAAUUUGUCAGGAAUCAAUAAGAGGAACUAUGGCAGCAUGUACUAUAAUCUUGUACUCCAUAGGAAUGAUGGUUUCUUAUAUUAUGGCAGGACUGGAAUAUGAAAUAGUGAUAUAUUCAAAUUUAUCAAUGGCUGUGCUGGGUGUCAUUUCUGCGGUAGUCGUUUUAAAGGAAUCUCCUAUUUAUCUGAUGAAGAAAGAUCGUCAACAGGAAGCUGUGAAAACAAUAGCCUACUACAGAAAAACAUCACUGAACUCUAAAGAAGUUUUAUUAGAGUUGGAAUCUCUUAAAAGAAUUCUCAGUCCCGAAACGGAACUUCAGACUUUAUCGCCUGAACAGGAGAAACUUAACCAAGAACAUGAGAUCAAACCGAAGAAGAAAGAAUCUGUUUGGCAACAUUUUAAAAAAUCACCUUCAACUCGCCGAGGUUUAUUCGUAUCUACUGUCAUAAUACUAAGUAUAUUUCAAGGUCUACCAGCAUUGCAAGUAUACGCCGAACCCGUAUUUACCAAAGCUACUCCAAACAUCUCUACGAAGCUGGGUACAGUUCUCAUGGCCUUAGUCACUGUUAUAUUUGGGGUGUUAGCUGGCUUUUUGAGUGAUAUUCUUGGUAGAAAGCCGCUUAUGACUUACGCGUCGAUGGUUCUUGGUGUGACAUGUAUUCUUCUUGGAAUCCAACUACAAAUCCAAUGGGCUCCCCAAUGGGUGACCAUGUGCCUGUUAUUCCUGUAUGCUAUUUCAUUCACUUUUGGAGCGGGAACAGUACCCUAUGUUCUCAUCUCCGAGAUUUUUUUGCCCGAAGUCAGCAGCAUUAUGUCAAUGAUAAUCAUAGAAAUCGGAUGGGUGGUAACUUUUCUAGUUGUAUUUAUCUAUCAACCAUGUGAGAUAUAUCUUGGAACCGGUCUUGUAUUUUACCUCUUCGCGGCAUUUGGUUUUGCAUUGGGGGUCUUUUCCAUAUUCUUUCUACCUGAAACUAAAGGAUUAACUGUUGAUGCGAUCCAACUCUUACUUGUCAGAGGAGGUAAGAAAAAUGUACGUAACAACUCAUUUUGA